ACAAACACGCAAUUUCCGCGACUGUGGUCUUAAUACCAGCAGCGUUACAUAGUCGUCUGCAUCUCCAGAAUUAGAACAGUUACGAGCUUCUGGCCCAUGACGUUACACUGGGCGGCUGUCGAUCAUCACAGCGUUCUCUAAACCGGGGAGGCGAAUUCGAUACUGAAGAGUCUCUUUCGUCCUCUAGCUCGUUAUAUAUAGCGCUUUUGAGGGAUUCAGUUGCGGCAGCGGUAGGCAAGGUAUUGAGCAGGCAUUUGACCGUUAGCCAUUAGCUAGCUAUCCAUGAAAGCUACCAAGAGCAGCCAAAAGGUUCAAUUAAAACCGCUAUUCCGAGUUCAUGUUAGGCCCCGCCAAGCAGGUACCCGCAGCGAUCCGUGCAAAACCGACCCCGCGAACCGUCGCGUCUGUCCCGCGCAACCAAAUCAACAUCGGCAGGAAAGAUGGACCAAAGCACAUCGAGCGCACUGCUCUCCCAACCAGAGCUCUCGCCUCUGGAGCAGGACGUCCUGGACGAAUAUGAGCGACUGGCAGAGAACAUGAAGAAGCUCGCAUCCAUGCUCGACAACCUGGCCAGCGCGCCGACGACCGAGAUCUUGGACGGGCUGCGCGAGCUGGAGCGCAAGACCAGCCUCGUCUUCACGCUGCUCAAGGCGAGCGUCUACAGCAUCGUGCUCCAGCAGGAGAUCGACUGGGGCGACCAGGCGGGCGGACAGGGGCACGGGUACGGGCAGUGAGGUGUGUGCGGGCUGGCGGGUGUUGCGCCGGACCGUGGUGCUGCGUUUGCGUGUGCGUGUGUGGGUGUGUGGGUGGGCUUGGUGGAGGCGGGCGGGUUUAUGGCCGCCCUCCUCGGCGUUGGAUUGGCGUGUCUGCGAACUUCUGGACGGCUCGGUUGGGAAGAUGGGGAUGGGGGGGAGGAAGGAUCCUCGACGUUGAGUGCCUCCUCUGGGAGUGAGGAGGAAGGGAGGCCCAUUUGCGAUGGACAAUUGGCGCCACCAACCGAGCUGGGAGACAGUCUUAAGAUAGGAUGAGAACUAUGUCCAGAGCCUAUAGGGGCGGGCUGGGCAAGACCCCAGGCGGCAAG